AUGCAAUCGAGCAACACUUCAGUCUAUGCAGUUGGGGAUGUUGCCGCUUUUCCAGUAAAAAUGUUUGCUGAAACACGCAGACUUGAGCAUGUAGAUUCUGCGAGGAAGUCAGCAAGGCAUGCUGUUGCUGCUAUCAUGGAGCCAGAAAAGACGGGUGAAUUCGACUACCUGCCAUUCUUCUACUCCCGCGUCUUCACAUUGUCUUGGCAGUUUUAUGGAGACAACGCAGGGGAAGUAAUUCAUUUUGGGGAUUUCUCGGGAAAGACUUUUGGGGCUUAUUGGAUUAAUAAGGGUCAUCUUGUUGGUUCUUUUCUGGAGGGUGGAACCAAAGAGCAGUACGAAGCUAUAGCCAAGGCCACGAGGCUUAAACCGGCAAUUGAAGACCUGGGUGAGCUUGAGAGGCAGGGACUGGGAUUUGCUUUGACAGCAAGCCAGAAACCAUCAUCAUCAUCACCUCCUCUUGUUGCUGGCAGUUCUAAUCUCGUCAUCGAGAAACCAUUACACGCUUGGUACGCAACUGCGGGUGUGAUUGUGGCUGCAUCAGUAGCAACCUUUGCAUACUGGUAUGGCAGGAGGCGACGAAGCAAAACAGGCUGCGAUUGCUUCAGGAAUUCGGACAAUUCGGUCAAUUUGUGUUUACCGAAUUCAAUCCGAAUUGAAUUCGAAUUCGAAAUUUGGUAA